CGCACAAUGCGCGCACAUGCGUCGUGUUUGCAGACAUGAAUUCAAACUAUUACCGUCGUUGAGGAAACAAAGCCGAGGAGGCGGCCUGGCCGUGCGCUUUUACGCACACACGCGCAGGGAGACGGAGGGCGUGCGCGUUUACGCACAGGGCGCACGGGGGAUUUUACGCACACAUGCACACGGAGGAGGGUGAGUGUGACGCGCGCCGCAAUUACACGGGAGAAUUUAGGGUGCUGCUAAAUACCGAAACAGGGAGAGAGGGAUUAGAGGAGGAGCAGACAGACGACAGGUUAGUGUCUCUGGAGCCGAGAGACGGAGACGAAGAAGCUGAAAAGAGGAUUUGUUGCAAAUUCACCAAGUUGUUGAAGCUCCUCCUCUUCAUGAUGUAGCCGCGAGACGGAACCUCCUUAAUUACUAAUUUCUCUCUCUCUCUUUCUCUCUCUCUCUCUCGCUCUCUCUCUCUCUCCGUCGGUCUCUUUUCUCUCUAUCCACUCCUCCAUCCAUGCAUCUCUCAUCCUGACCCUCCUUCUCUCUCCUCUGUCUCUGUCGUUUCCAGCCCGGAUAACGGAGGUGGACGAGCUUGGAGUUGUUCCUCUACCUUUUUUUUUUUUUUUAAUUAUUAUUUAUUCGUCGUUUCCACCGGGCAUGGAGGAUGUGAAGGACCCGCCGACCGUCCACCGGUCCUCCUCCUUCAGCAUCAAGAGCCUCCUGCUGCCCUCCAAGUGCGACCGACAGGACUCCGUCUGCGUCACCGCCGCCGCCUCCACCAUCGUGGGCAUCCCCGGGAACCUCUCACCCUCCCCGGGCUCCGACUCGGAGAGGUCGCUGGAUCCGCCGGAGGUGGACUCGUCCACCGUGCUGGACCCGGAGAAACCGGGCAAGGAGGAGCAGGGGGAAGAGGAGGAGGAGGACGGAGGAGGAGGAGGCGGAGGGGGGGACGGCGCCAAGGCGACACCGGAGCAGAACACUAACGGCAACAGCAACGGUGGCAAAAACGGGAAAUACGACAAACCUCCGUUCAGCUACAACGCGCUGAUCAUGAUGGCGAUCAGACAGAGCCCCGAGAAGCGGCUCACGCUCAACGGCAUCUACGAGUUCAUCAUGAAGAACUUCCCGUACUACCGGGAGCACAAGCAGGGCUGGCAGAACUCCAUCCGGCACAACCUCAGCCUCAAUAAGUGCUUCGUCAAGGUGCCGCGGCACUACGACGACCCGGGCAAGGGCAACUACUGGAUGCUGGACCCGAGCAGCGACGACGUCUUCAUCGGCGGGACGACCGGGAAGCUCCGCCGGCGCUCCGCCACCUCCCGGGGCAAACUGGCCAUGAAGCGCGGGCUGCGCUUCGCUCCUCUGGGGCUGGGGAUUAACGAGCGCGCCAACAACCCGCUGUACUGGCAGAUCUCUCCGUUCCUGUCCCUGCACCACCACCACCACCACCACCCGCACUACAACGGCUCGUCCCCGGGCUUCCUGAACCAGGCUGCGGGCUACGGCUCGCUGCUGCCCGCCGUGGAGCAGCUGAGUAACGGGGACCUGGGGCGCUCGCUCCUCGGCGGCUCCGCGGCCGGAGCGCUGGGUCUGACGAACAGUUACGGGAUGAGCUCGUCGCCGGUCGGGCUGCUGUCCGGACAGACUGCCGGCUACUUUGUCUCAGGGAGCCAACACGCGAGCGCAGCGGCGGGGCCGCCGGGAGGGGGGGGGCCGCCGCCUCCGCCGCCUCCGCCUCCGCACCUCCAGCAGAGCGCACCGGGGUUCGGCGGCCUGGCGGCCAGCGGCUCCCCGCAGUCCCUGCUCUCAGACUCCCUCAGAAACAGCUCCCUACCGGCCUUCUCCCCGGGCGUGUCCGCGGGCUUCCCCGGGGUGCUGUCCCAUCAAAAGAGGGUGACUCCCAACGCGUUCCUAAACUGACCCCCCCGCAUCCCUCAAUCCCUCCAUCCAUCCCUCCAUCCAUCCUUCCAUCCUUCCCUCACCGGCACCGGGACGAGGGGCUCAGCGGACAGACAGAGAGAGAGAGAGAGAGACGUGGAUAUCAAACACAGGAAGAAUCUCUCCAGUGAAACUUUGCGCGGCUCAUCUGGAUUAUUUGGUUCCAUCUCACUGAAAAAGGGACAGAGUUCGUUACCCGCGGGUUGAACAGCUGUAAACUAGACUUGCCAAAGGUAACACUAGAAUAUAUUUCAAGCUAUUUAUAUCUUGUACAAAGAUUUUCAAACUUUCUUUGAGUCGUUUAUUUAUGUUUUGUAUUUAUUGUACAAUGUAUUUAAAGUUUAUUUGUCAGUGAACAGGCUGCUCAGCGUUAGAGGGACACGAGACAAUCAAGGAGGCAAAGACAAAAGACAAUCACAACUUUUUAUUUGGUUUUCUUUAGCGGGUUAAUGAGGAUUAAACGAAGCCUUAACGCAGGGAGCGGAACAAUCAGGGGUUUUUAGAGGAAAACAAGCCUACGAUCAUAUCUCUACUCAGGUUUGACCCCGAGACGAACAGGACGAGACCGAAACCAACCUACGAAUAAUUAGAAUCAUCUCAAUCACAUUCUGGGACUUUUAAAUCGAAAUGUUUCUGGAACAGAAACUCUUCCUGUUAAAUUAUGCAACACGACGCUGCUGGAACGUUUCUAGCUUUUUAUUUCUGUUCAUUAGCGAACGAUUUUUAUUUUUACCCUUCGGUUCAUUCGCAACCGUGUGUGUGUCCGUGUGUGUCCGUGUGUGUGUGUGUGUGUGCGUGUGUGUGUGUGUGUGUGUGUGUGGAGGCCCGUUUGAGCGUAAAGCCUGCUGCGCAUGUGCGUCAAGGCCCUCGCGCUAAACGUGCGUCCUGCGGCCUCCGUCCGAGCCGCUGCACCUGUCCCCGCUCCCCGUGAAGGUUUGGGACGAACCAGGGCACGUUUUUAUUUAUUGUGUCUGUAAUUUUAGAGGGAAACACAGAACCAGGCCUCCAACACACACACACACACACACACACACACACACACACACACACACACACACACACACACACACACACUCCACCAACAGCCGCGAAUCUUUCAGCCUCAUCUCACUUUCGUCACUAUUUUAUUUUUCUUUUUGCGCCAAAAACGACCCCAGAUCCAAAUGAAAUAUUUCACCUGCACGCGACAAUCACCAGAAACUGGAGACGUGAAAAUAUGCAACUGACUCUUCUUAAUGUUUUUUUUUUUUUUUUAACGUUAUAAAUAUCUAUUUUUUAUUUGAAGGUUGGAGUAAAAAGCUGAUCUCUGCAGGGAGGCGCGAGCCGAUCAUGUGUCCCAUUUACGGACGGCUCGGUGAAAAGACAACUUGGCGUUUAAGAUAAAAUUUUUUAUUCAUGCACAUUUUAUUUAUUGCAAAAUUUUCUCGAACAGUUUCGUUUAAAUUAUCUGUUUUUUGUUUUUGCUUUUUUUUAAAACUGAAUUUAAUUUGAAAAACAAAACAAAACACCGUCUUUUUGCCUUCAAUGUUUGGUUUAAUGAAAUUAAUAAUUAAUCCCGGAAUAUUUUAUUGGAAUUUUUUUGACCACAUGACACAAACCAGCCAGUCAGAGAGAACUGGUUGAUAUAAAGACAUCAAAUAAAUCGUUUUAAUCGGCAGAAUGUUGAUCAUUUUUAUUUAACCGUAUAUGUUGCCCUGCAAAAAAAAACAAAAAAAAAAAAAAAAAAAAAAAACAAAAAAACAAAACAAAAAAAAAGUUAAAAAAAAAAUAUAUAUAUAUGUUAUGGCAGAAAAUUCAAAAAGAUGAGAGUCAAUGGUUCUGUGCUACCUGAUCAAAAAUUGAUUGAAAAGCAAGAGACAAAUUUUUUUUCAUAGUUGGUUUAAAGGACAAAUAAAAUGUACAUUCUGUUAAAUAUUAAAAUGCAAAAGUAAAUAUCAGGCACUAACUGAAGAUGAGCUGCUGGUUGAAUCUAAUUUGAACUUAUUUAAAUUUAAGUUUUUAUAUAAAAAAAAAAAAACUUUUAUAGCGUUAUAUUUUUUGACCGUUAUUUAAUUUUAUUUUUUAUUGUUUUUUACAGAUAAAUUUGUGUGAAAUAAUGAAAUAAAGAGCCUGGUGAAGUCCAGCAGAUACAAAUAAAAACCCUUCUGGUUAAAAUAAAAGCACAAACACAUUCAGUGGGUUCCUCAUCAAACUCUUUAACUUUAGCACAAACAGCGACAACAGAUCCAGGAUCUGAAUUUUAUUUCUCUGUGUCACUUUUAUUCCACUUUGGGUUUGUAUAAAAAAUAAUAAUAAUAAUAAUUGUUUUCUGGAGAUUUGUCUGUUUUUAUUUUUAUUUUGCACUUUUGUAGUUAGUGUUCACUCGUACGAAGUGUGUAACGUCUGUUCUGUUGCCGUCCGUUCUUGUCUGUUUCAUUUUAUUUUAUUUUUCAGAGAAACUAAACUUGAUUAAAAAGGAAAAUGAAAUAACCCGAAGACAA